GGGAAAAAUCGGAAGAGAUCCCGCCGAAUGUAAUAGCAAGUUCCGAAACGCAGAGACGACCCGAUUUCUUCGGAGUCGAAAUCCAUCACCGCCCUCUUGACCGAAGUUCGUGGCGGCGCAUUCCCUCUCCGUGGCGAAGGUACUCCGUCGGUGAUAUAUGAUUCAGAGAUCGCUUCCAUCUCCGACGAUUCUUGAAGUCUUGCAUUCGAAACGAGUUCAGGAUUUUUCGAGAUUUCGUACUGAGGAUUUAGAUCUAGAACUUAGACGAUGGCGAGCGAGGAUUGCCGAGUUUAUCACGAGAGACAAAAGCUACAGUUCUGUCUCUUGCACGCUCUCAAUAACCUAUUUCAGGAAAAGGAUGCAUUUACUCGAGCAAACUUAAAUGCAAUUGCUGAAAAGCUGGUGCUUGAUGAGCCAAACGAAGAACGUUGGACGCCAUUAUCAUUUGUCUUUAAGCCUCAUCACAACACAGUAACUGGAAAUUAUGACAUAAAUGUCCUAAUUUCAGCUCUGGAAGAGAAGGGGAAGAUUGUAGUGUGGCAUGACCAUCGGAAUGGAGCUUCUUCAAUCGAUUUGGAUGGACCUGAGGAUACUCAUAAACUUAUGGGAAUUGUACUUAACGUCUCAGUUAGAAGGUUUGGUGGCAUUUGGAAAAGUAGGCACUGGGUUGCUCUGAGAAAGAUCAACGGAUUAUGGUAUAAUUUGGACAGUGAUCUGCCUGCUCCUCAUCCGUUUAAGGACACUGAUGAAGUAAGACAAUUUUUGGAUCAUGUGAUCGGUAACAAUGGAGAAAUUUUGCUUAUUAUGAAUGACAGGAACUAAAUCUUUUCCGUUGGAUACUUAUGUCUGUGCUGGAAUCAAAUGUAAAAUAAGAACUAUAGCUGGGAUUGCGUUGGUUGUUUAUCUGCGACAUAAUUCGCAUACUGAAAUCUACUUGGUUUGAGUUAAUAUUUCUGAUUAUUUCAUAUUGCUGAUAAAGAUGGUAAACAAUUUGAAGUGAAAAGCAACAAGAAACGGUUCAUGUCUAGAAUCAAACCUGAGUAUUUUGCACCUAAAAGCGACAUGAAAGACUAUUAUCUGAUGAUGGGUACCCUGAACGAAUUCUGAAUUUGCUUAGCUGCUGGUAGAACCGCUAUCAGACGAAACCUUGCCCGGUAUUACAGAGAAAAUCUGUUUGUUAUGUUUAAAAAAGACUCAAUACUAAGGCCAUAGAAUGCCUCACCAACAAACUCUACUGGUUAAGGGCUCUACCAGCAUCAGAGAGAUUUAAUACACAGAAACGAUAGAGCCUUCUUGGGUUUGCUUGAGAAACGCUUAGUGGGCAGGCUGCAUUUUUCAGCUGUGUGUUAUACAACUGUAUCCUUGAGUUCUCUCUUCAUCUCGCUCUUGUCUCGGACCUUUCUUCUGAUUCUAUGACGACAACAUUGGAGAUUGAUAAACAGAACUCGUCAAGCAACAAAACUGAAAGAGGCAGAGGGGCUUUCCAGAAGUGCAGAUUUCGUUCCCCAAAAUCGCUUAAAGGGCUGCAAUUCUCUCCACUGAGCUUCCUAAAGUGCCUAGCCGAUAGAGUGGCCCGAGCUUUGCAUUUGAUGGCCAUGAAGAGAAGGCCCUGCCACAAACAACCCGCUCCAGCCGUGCCUGUCGUGAGUUCAAAGCCGAUCCAGGCAUCCGCCAUCGAUUCACAUAGAACAGAGGCUGUGGAGGACUGCAUCAAGUACAUCAACGCGUCCACUUGACUCUCACACCAAUUCUUGUAAGAUUUUCUCCUGAAAAUGCGUAUAUAAUGUUGUGUCUUUGUGGGUUUUAAUGUCUGAUAUCAUUGUUGGGGACUAUGAAUCAUGAUGCAAUGUUCUUCUUUAGAUGAAAAAAUUGGGGGUCAGUAGGUGGGAUAAGCCUAUCAUAUAUAUAAUAUUUGUUAAAGAAGAUCUAUUGCGGAAUGGAAAAAACGUCCUUCACCAAUCAGUUUCAAAUUUCCAUUACUUUCUUUGUGUGUCAUUUUGUUAAUCUUCAUUACAUGAUAGUAGAAAAUUUUACUUUUUUU